AUGUCAGCAGAAGAAUAUAAGAAGUUUGAGGAGUUGAAGCCGCAGCCCCAUGCAGUCACCGAGCAGCUUUCCGGCGUAGAAUAUUGCGUCAACAGUCCGCCGCCAUGGUCAGAGGCAAUGGUUUUAGGUUUCCAGCAUUACCUGUUGACUCUGGGCAAUAUUGUACUCAUCCCCAAAUUGAUAGUUCCUCAGAUGGGUGGUGGAAAAGGAGAAGAGGCUAGAGUGAUGCAGACAUUACUUUUCAUUUCAGGAUUAAAUACGUUGUUCCAGUCCAUAUUUGGAGUAAGGUUACCUUCAGUACUAGGGGGCUCUCACGCCUACUUAAUUCCUAUAACCACAAUUAUCCAAUCUAGGAGAAAUCAAAUGAUCCUUGAUCCCCACACGAGGUUUCUGCAAACCAUGAGGUCCAUUCAAGGUGCCCUCAUUGUUGCUUCUUGUUUUCAAGUCAUUACUGGAUUCAUAGGCGUGUGGAGAAAUGCCACCAGGUUUCUUAAUCCUUUAUCAGUGACUCCACUUAUCACCUUAACCGGACUCGGCCUCUUUCAUCUUGGCUUCCCACUGAUGGCAGAGUGUGCAGUGGUGGGAAUCCCGCAGUUAUUCCUCAUAAUCCUUGUCUCACAGUAUCUUCCCGCGUGGUUGAAACUAAGAAGGCCUAUAUUGGACCGCUUCGCUGUGCUGUUUUCUGUUAUGAUUGUGUGGAUGUAUGCAGCAAUUUUAACAUGGAGUGGACCUUACAAGAGUUAUUCAGAUGAGAACUGCAGAAUUGAUAGCUCUCAUGUUAUUAGUGCAUCGUCUUGGGUUCGCGUCCCUUUGCCAUUUCAGUGGGGCGCGCCUUCUUUCAAUGCAGGAGAUGUUUUCGCAAUUCUGUCUGCUUGUUUCGUUGCUUCCAUCGAGUCUACUGGUGUGUUUUAUGCAACCGCGAGAUAUGGGAGUGCUACUCCAGUGCCUGCUUCCAUCGUUAGCAGAGGUGUUGGCUGGCUGGGGGUUGGGACUAUGCUCAGUGGACUUUUUGGUGGACUUACUGGCCCUUCUGCCACAGUAGAAAAUGCUGGGCUUUUAGCAUUGACAAAGAUUGGUAGCAGAAGAGUUGCUCAGAUUUCUGCAGCAUUCAUGAUUUUCUUCUCCGUCUUCGGAAAAUUUGGAGCAAUUUUUGCCUCAGUGCCAAUGCCAGCCAUGGCAGCCUUGUACUGUGUGUUCUUUGCAUAUGUUUGUUCAGCUGGUCUGGGGUUUCUGCAAUUCUGCAAUCUGAACAGCUUCAGAACCAAGUUCAUACUAGGAUUUUCUUUGUUCCUAGGACUGUCACUGCCACAGUACUUCAGAGAACACCAAAUGGUUUUCAACUCAGGCCCCAUUCGUACACAUGCAAGUUGGUUUAAUGAUAUAAUGUCUGUCAUCUUUACAUCGCAUGCGACCGUGGCUACCUCGACUGCGCUAUUGCUGGAUCGGACUCUCCCCGGGGAUGAUAGUAAAGAUAAUGGGACAUAUUGGUGGCAGAAAUUUGUGGUAUAUGGCAGGGAUGUUAGAAGUGAUGAAUUCUACAAGUUGCCAUUUAAACUCAAUAGGUUUUUCCCAUCUUAUUAG